UUUUUUUUUUGUAUUUUGUUUUUUGUUGUUUUUUUUAAAGAAAUGGCUAAAGGCUGUGAGAAUUGCACAAAGAAGAAAAGUAAAAGCUGCUUUAUGAAGCUUCUUUUUGUACUGACCCUCUUUAUUGCCAUUUUUGUUGGCUUGGACCAAAUCAAACAUAGAUGGUAUAUCUUUGAUCAAUAUAAACUUCAGGAGAUUGCACAACGUAAUAUCGCUAAAUACAGCGAAGAUACACACGAGAUGAUUACACAUAUUGCAGAGGAUUUAGAAAAGGAGUAUCCUGGUCAUAUCACACUUAAAGAGGAAUGGGUUUUCAAUAAUGCAGGUGGUGCUAUGGGUUCAAUGUGGAUCCUACACGCCUCUAUUACGGAAUAUGUCAUCAUUUUCGGUACACCUGUAGGUACAGAGGGCCAUACAGGUCGUUAUAUCUCGGAUGAUUAUUUCAUUAUCUUAGAAGGUGAGCAAUGGGCUGCCUAUGCUGGUGAUUUGGACAAAGCCGUCUAUAAGCCGGGUGAAAUGCAUCACUUGGCUCGUGGUGACGCACAACAUUAUCGUAUCCCUGAUCGUGCUUGGGCUCUUGAAUAUGCUCGUGGCUGGGUCCCUGCUAUGUUACCCUUUGGCAUGUUUGAUUUCAUGUUCUCUACGGUUGAUUUUGUUACCUUUUAUAACACCUUCCGUCUUUAUGGUAAAUCACUUGUACGUGAAUUGCUUCAAGGAAAAAUUUAGAAUGAUGAUAGACCUUUAUUUAAUUAUUUAAAGAAUAAAAAAGGAAAAAAAAAAGAAAAAGAAAAAAGAAA